UCCAGCAGACGCAACAGGUGCAUCGAGCAGCCAUGCAGGCCCUACUGGUAUUCGCCUUGGCGUCGCUGGCGGCGAUGGCCGUGGGCGAAGCGCCCACCACCAGCUACGGCGCGCCAUCCCGCCAGCUGCCGAGCCAGCCUCAGCGUCUCCAGACGCAGCAGAAGCAGCAGCAGCAACCACAGGCCUUCGCCCAGUCGCAGGCGCAGCCGUCAUUCGCGGCGCCGCAGCCAGCCUCUGGAUUUUCUGCAGCCAGCUUCCGCCCACAGUUCUUCAUCCCUGCACAGGACUUCUCCCGCCUCACAGACUCCUACCAACUGCCUACGUUCACUACCUCCGCCCCCACCACCACGGAGGCUGCCACCACCACUACUGAGGCUCCUUACAACUACGGCAAGGCGGAGCUGCGUGAGGCGGAGGAAAGCGGCGUGUACUACGUGUUGCAGCCAGACGGCCGCCUGCAGCGCAUCGCCUACGCCCACGGUCCCGCCCCCGUCUCCGCCGCCCCCCAGCAGCAGCGCGCCGCCUCCAGUGAACUGUCUGCCCUGCAGCAGCCAGUGCUCACCCCCGGCUACCUGGCGCGCUUCCAGUACCAGGACCUGCAUCCUGCCGGCGCUCCCAUCUACUCUUACAAACAACCUGAGCUUGUGCGCAUCAACUAGGCUUCUUCAUGUAUUGUAAUUCAACAACAAGACAUCGUUUUCAAAUGAUAACCACGUCAGACAAAUCGCUUGAUUACAAUACUUCUUUUCAUAUUUUCGUUUGUUGUUGAUUACUGUUGUAAGAUCUGCAAUCCAUAUUAAAUACUUUUUUACCAGCUGCAAA